AUGGUCGGCUUUAUUAACAUUAUGACGACGGUCGUCUCCUUCGUGUCCCUCAUCCCGAUCACCCUCGCCGCCGUGCCCAGAAUAUACGGUACAGACGCCUUCGGACCGGACCUGCAGCUGGCUCACCUUUACACGGUCAGAAUCAAGCCCGGGCCCCCGAUUGAAGUCGGCGCGGGACCGCGUGGCAAUCGCGUUGUAUAUCCAAAUCGAGGCGGCGAGUUUGAGGGGCCUUUGAUCAAGGGCAAGGUGCUACCCAUUGGCGGGGACUACGCUCUCUUCGAUUCCAACCGGUUCAUGACCCUCGACGUCCGUCAGACGUUUCAGACCGACGACGGCGCCCUGAUUCAGGUCUUCGAGACGGGUAGGACGCAGCCCGGCGCAGGCCCUGGCGGCAACAUAACGACGGCGUACGUUCAGCUCGCCUUUGAGACUGGUGCCGACGCCUACGCCUGGAUCAACCAGGCCGUCGCCGUAGGUGUGUUGCAUCGUUUAGAUCCCGGAAGCAUAAGUAUUGACGUGUGGGUGCUUGCCCCUCUCAGAUCUCAGGUCCCCGACGGCAGCGAUAUGUUGCCUAUCAGAGCUUACAAGCGGGCUGUUGCGGAGUCUCGAAGUUCGAACGGCGCUGGGUCUGGGGCCUGA